AGAGAAAAUAAGAAGAAGAGUAAAUCAUAAUAUUAAGUUAAAUCUAUUAAAAACUAUGUUAAUUCACUAGAGUUAUGAUUAAAGAAUUGUUAAAAAUUGCUCUUACGUUUAAAUUGUUCGAAUAGUGGCUAAAUUUGCGAAUUUAACAGGACAUUUGAGAUAUAAAUCACAGAAAAUUCAUUCCUUAAAAGUGUGGUUUUGUGAGAGUUAUUAACAUAAAGACGUUUAAAUAAGCUGUAAAAGGAACAAGAUUUAAGAUGAUCCAUCCACAUAAUCAUCAUAUGCAUCCAAUUAAUGUAUCUCAGCCACCACCUCAACACAUGCAACAGCAACAAAAUAUGUCACAGACAAAUCCACAAAGAAUGAAUCAUCAUCAUUAUCAGCAAAGAUUGAGUCAUCAGCAAAUCCAGCAACAUCCACAACAACACCAUAACAAUGGAAAUAGAAAUUUAAAUGGCAUUAAUCAACAUCAAGUUCCUCCAUUAAUACCAAAGCAACAUCUUCAUCAAAAUAUUGCAACAUUAAAUCAAAAACCACCGCAACAUGUGAAUAAUAAUCAAUCGUCACAAAAUUCUCAAAUUCAGCCAUCCAUCGUGUCGUCGCGUUUGUCUUAUGAAAGUAUGAAUGCAAAACAACAUCAACAUCUGAGACAAGCAUCCAAUAAAAUUCAAAUUUCAGAAUCGAUUAAUAAUAACAAUUUGAGCGAGAGCAGUUCUUCGAGUGUUCCACAUAGUGCAACCGCAACACUUCCGAUAAAUAAUUCUUCAAUUGUAACCGGUUCUACUAAUUCUAUAAUCACAGUUCCACCACCUUUAUCACAUCACCAUCAUCAGCAAACUAAUAUUUUGCCAAAUUACCAGCAUCAGAAGAUUGAUUUAAGCAAGUCGUCUGACAAGUCAUCGACUCCAAUUGUGAGUGCAAAUAAGGAAAAUAUUCCCGUCGUGACUGCAUCUAGUCUCAAUAAUUCAACAUCAUCAUCACAAGGCAUUAUUCUUAGUAAUUCAGCCACGGAAAUUAUAUCGGCUGAAAAUACUGAGAAAGGAAUUGAAUCGUUAGCAAAUGCUAAAGAAAAAACACCAAUGUGCUUGGUUAAUGAACUGGCACGAUUCAAUAAGAUUGAGCAUCAAUAUCGUUUAGUCAGUGAACAAGGUCCGGCACAUAAGAAGCGAUUUACAGUGAUUUUAAAAUUAGGUGAUGAGGAAUAUGCUGCAGAAGGAUUAAGCAUUAAGAAGGCUCAACAUGCGGCAGCUAAAGAUGCAAUUAUUAAGACAUCCUAUAAGCAUCCACCUUUAAAGACUAAUCGAUUAAAAAGUUUACAGUCUGCAGCUAAAGGAAACUCUAACAUAACACCAACUGUUGAGCUUAAUGCUUUGGCUAUGAAACGUGGAGAACCAACGGUUUAUACUGUCUUAAGUUCAACAGUUAAUCCACCCGUUAAUCCACAAUAUGGACAGCAACAAACACCACAAUUUAAUGGAAUUGGACGUGGAAAUCCUUAUCAAAGAAGAUUCAAUAGUCAACGAGGUGGUGGGAACCGAUUUAAUUCCAGUUUUAGUGCUCCUGAAAUCUUUCAUAUUGCACUUCAAGUAGGCACUCGAACAUUCUCUGGAAUGGGACCGACACAACAAGCUGCUAGACAUGAUGCUGCUGCAAGAGCUCUGGAAGUCUUGAAGCCACUCACAUCAGACAGUGAUAUAACCCAAAAGUUAUCCACUAGUGGCUCAACAGCAAGCGAUUUAGAUGAUGCUGAUGACAGUCUGAUUAAUUCAGACAUUAAGUCGCCAAUUUCAAUUGUUCAUGAAAUGGCAUUAAAGAGGAAAUUGACAGUUUCAUUUGAGGUACAAAGCGAGAAAGGUCCACCUCACAUGAAAGUAUACACAACAUUGUGUAAAGUUGGAACAAUUGUGACUGAAGGCGAAGGAAAUGGUAAGAAAUUAUCAAAAAAGAAGGCUGCUGAGAAGAUGAUGGAUGAAUUGAAGAAGUUGCCUCCUCCAUCGCCUGUUGAAGAACCUAUUAAUACACGUGGAAACACUAAAGGACGUCGUAAACAGCUAAUGACUCAACAACAGCAGCCUACUUCAAAUUUCCAGGUUGUUAAGAAGAAGACUCGCAAUUUGAUAAAGGAAAAAUUGGAGCAAAGUACUAAUGCAGAUGAAAUAAAUCCAAUAUCACAACUUAUUCAAAUUCAACAAGCACGAAAGGAAAAGGAACCGACGUAUGUAGUUGUUGAUGAACGUGGAACUGCACGUAGACGUGAAUUUGUCAUUGAAGUCUCAGUUAGUGGAUAUUCAGCAAAUGGAACAGGACCUAAUAAGAAGCUAGCGAAGAAGAUUGCUGCAGAAAAUCUAUUAAUUGCUAUGGGAGUAAAUGCAUCGAAGCCUGUAACUGAAACUCCAAUUAUUGAAAAGAAGAAAAUGAUCGACAUGAGUGAUAAAGCAAAGAAGGUUCAAUUUAAUGAACCAGAUGCAGGAAAAAAGACGCCAGCUAAGUCAACUUCUGGAAGUGGCGGUCGUCAAAUCGUUCCUGGACUUUUACUAGUUUCAAAUACUGAAACUUUUUCGACACCAACGAAACCAGUUGCAACGACUUCUUCCUCAACACCAUCGAAGGAAACUAGUUCCUUACAAAGCAACGAUCAUCCAACAGCAACUGAAAAGCAGUCAUCAAGUCCCAACUCGAAUGCAAGUAAUGCUGACAGCGGAAUUGGUGAGAAUGGUGUCAGUCCACGUGAUCAACUUAACUAUCUUGCCCAAUUAAUUGGAUUCUCCGUCUCAUAUGCUGACUUUCCAAAAGCAAAUCACACGGAAUUCUUAUCCUUGGUCACAUUAUCGACAGAUCCUCCACACAUGGGUCAUGGAAAUGGCUCAACAGUCGACGAAUCUAGAGAUUCAGCAGCUCUUAAGGCACUCAGUGUUAUAAGUGAGCUUGGAAUAGAUAAUGUUAAACCGAAAGGAUCAAAAUAGUUAAACAUAGAUUAAACAAAAAAGUCAUGAAAAAGAACGGUUAAAAAAGGUUGCAAAAAAGUAUAAUUUAUAUAGUUUAACGCAAAAAAAUGGAAACGAAAAAAGUGAAAAUAAUACGAAGAGAAAUAUUAUGUGCAAAUAUUUUAGUGAAUUGAUAAAAAAAAUAUGUUAUUGGAAUUAUUCUUUCAGUGCUUUUGUUUUUUUUUUACAUGAACAGUGCUUUUUAUUCUCCUUAAUCUGCUUAUAAUAUAAAACUAUAAUUAAUAUUCUUCAUCAUAACACUUUGUUUUCAUUCAGAUUCUUAUACUUUAUGACUCAAUCUAGUGGAAAUGUGGACAAAAAAGAGUUUUGACUUCGUUGGAUCGACAGGAUAAAUAAAAACUAUUUAAAAAUUAGUAUUGAUUAUUAUAAUUGAAUUAAUCUUCAUUGUGUAGAAAUAUUUGUAACAUGAUAUAAAUUAUUAUUAAUAUUAUAAAAUUAUGAUUUAAAAAAAAGGAAUUCAAAAUUAAUUGUGUCACAAAGGAAAAUAUGAAUGGAAUAUUGGGGAGUUGAUUUAACUAAGAAGUGUAGAAAAUGUAAACGGAAACUUACAUUGCGAUUCGUGGAAGUUCUAUUAAAUUCGAGUAAAAUAUUCGGUAAAAAAAUGUUGCUCAAAUUAACGGUUUUUUUUUCAAAUUUG